AUGGAAGGGUACGUCCCUAUCCCACUCCGGUCAAGGAAUCUGUUCCCCCAGCCCCGCGCCCCUGAGGGCGGGAAACUACAAUUCCCAGCAUGCCCCCGGCGCCCCCGGCGCGCCCCCCCUCCCCCGCCCCAGCCCCCCACCGCCUCCAAAGGGGCAAGCGACGCCAAGCUCUGCGCUCUCUACAAAGAGGCCGAGCUGCGCCUGAAGGGCAGCAGUAACACCACCGAGUGUGUGCCUGUGCCCACCUCUGAGCACGUGGCCGAGAUCGUGGGCAGGCAAGGCUGCAAGAUUAAGGCCUUGAGGGCCAAAACCAACACUUACAUCAAGACCCCAGUGCGGGGAGAGGAGCCAGUGUUCAUGGUGACAGGGCGGCGGGAGGACGUGGCCACAGCCAGGCGGGAAAUCAUCUCCGCAGCUGAACACUUUUCCAUGAUUCGCGCCUCACGCAACAAGUCAGGUGCUGCUUUCGGUGUCGCUCCUGCUCUGCCUGGCCAGGUGACCAUCCGUGUGCGGGUGCCCUACCGCGUGGUGGGGCUGGUAGUGGGCCCUAAAGGGGCAACCAUCAAGCGCAUCCAGCAGCAGACCAACACGUACAUUAUCACCCCAAGCCGUGACCGCGAUCCGGUGUUCGAGAUCACUGGGGCCCCUGGCAACGUUGAGCGGGCACGCGAGGAGAUUGAGACUCACAUAGCAGUGCGUACGGGCAAGAUCCUCGAGUACAACAAUGAGAACGACUUCCUGGCAGGGAGCCCCGACGCAGCGCUUGAUAGCCGCUACUCUGAGGCCUGGCGGGUGCAUCCUCCAGGCUGCAAGCCUCUCUCCACCUUCCGGCAGAACAGCCUGGGCUGCAUUGGCGAGUGCGGAGUGGACUCUGGCUUUGAGGCCCCACGCUUGGGCGAACAGGGCGGGGACUUUGGCUACGGUGGGUACCUGUUCCCAGGCUAUGGAGUGGGCAAGCAGGAUGUCUACUACGGUGUGGCAGAGACCAGCCCCCCACUCUGGGCGGGCCAGGAGAAUGCCACGCCCACGUCAGUGCUCUUCUCCUCUGCCUCUUCCUCCUCCUCUACAACCAAGGCUCGAGCUGGGCCCCCAGGCGCACAUCGUUCCCCUGCUACCUCCACAGAGCUGGCUGGACUUCCAAGGCGCCCCCCAGGAGAGCCGCUCCAGGGCUUCUCCAAACUUGGGGGCGGAGGCCUGCGGAGCCCCGGAGGAGGGCGUGAUUGCAUGGUGUGUUUCGAGAGUGAGGUGACUGCCGCUCUUGUGCCCUGUGGACACAACCUGUUCUGCAUGGAGUGUGCAGUACGCAUCUGCGAGAGGACGGACCCAGAGUGUCCUGUCUGCCACAUCACAGCCACGCAAGCCAUUCGAAUAUUCUCCUAA